AUGUCGCGACGUCUCGUCCUGCUGCUGGUGUUUUCGAUGCUUCUGAGUGUCUCUACGGCCAUAGAUCGAACAAUUCAGUUGAAGACAGAUCAAUUAGUCACUGUGAAACUAGCAGAUGGUACAACACGUGAACUAACAGCUGCUGAGUUUGAAAAACUAGUGAAAGAACGAGGUGAAAUACACACCACACUGCAGGACAAUCACGACAAGAUUCAAGCUGAUGAUCAAGUGCAUUGGCAACGUCAGGAACUGGAACAAACCAAGACACAAGAUCCGCAGUUUGCACUGCAUAUUGAUCUUGCUAGACGUGCUUUUAAGGAGAUUCAACGCCAUGGAUAUGCACAGGGAUAUCUACUUGCAGGCUUUAGUGAACAGGACACGAGCAAAGUGACAGUAGAUUACUACUAUGUGGAGCUGAUAUUACAAGCUAAGAAGGGUCUGAGUACUGGUGUUGUUGCCAAGACGGGAACUGGUACGAGAAAAGUGGAGAACGAGGGAGAGGAGAUGCCGUUAUUCUAUGAAGUGCAGUUGCUACUGGAUGUAGAGAAACGUUUCUCGGUAGUAGCGGCAUGGGAGUUGAGUGAAAAGGAGCCGCUUCGAGGACAGAGAAGAGCACGGGUCAUCCAACUGACCAUUCAGCCGACGGCAGCGCUGCUGGAGCGCAAGGCUGAGCGAGCGCGCAACAAACCGGCAAUGGCGAUUUGGCUUUUGUCCGGAGGACUGGGAUUAGUUGCUGUGGGUCUGCUCGUCAUGUACCACACACGCAAUCCGAUUCCAGCGCCCAAGCCGCGACGUCGAUCCAGCGACAUGUGGGAGCUUGUGGAUGAGAAGGAUAACCCAAUCAAGACGAACAAAUUGGACAAGAAGAACGACUAA